CUUGGAUCAUAAGUGAUAACAAAAUCUUGAUUUCUGACAUUUGAAAUGGAUUGUGAGACUACGAUAUGGAUGGUAGUUCUUUUUUUGUUCUCUAGUGCAAUGUAUUGUGUUUUUGGAGAGCCCCAAGUACCUUGUCUUUUCAUUUUUGGAGAUUCUUUAUCAGAUAGUGGAAAUAACAAUGACCUUGCUACCGAUGCCAAAGCUAAUUACAAACCUUAUGGAAUUGAUUUUCCUGAUGGUCCUACUGGAAGAUUUACCAAUGGCCUUACUUCAAUUGACAUAAUCAGUGAUCUUUUGGGAUUUGACCAUUAUAUUCCACCCUAUGCAAAUACCAAUGGUACAGACAUUGCUCAAGGUGUUAAUUAUGCAUCUGGCGCAGCAGGAAUUCGCAAUGAAACUGGAACACAUAUGGGUCAAGAUAUCAGCAUGGGAUUGCAAUUAGAACAUCACAGAGACAUUGUUUCUCAGAUUGCUAAGAAACUUGGAAGUGAGAAAGUGCAACAACACCUUAAUAAGUGUUUAUAUUAUGUGAAUAUAGGAAGCAAUGAUUACCUUAACAAUUACUUCCUGCCACAACAUUAUCCAACUAACGGAAAGUACAAUGCUGACCAAUAUGCUGUAGCUCUUAUCCAAGAACAUUUAACCUAUUUAAAGGCUUUGUAUGAGCUUGGAGCAAGAAAGUUUUCUUUGUUUGGAUUGUCGCUUAUAGGUUGCAUUCCACACGGGAAAAAUGAUUCAUUGUGUGUUGAAGAGCAUAAUAGAGCAGCACUACUUUUCAAUAACAAACUUAAAUCCGUUGUUGACCGUUUCAACAAAGAAUUCCCUGAUGCAAAAUUCAUCUUCAUUAACACUGCUAUCAUAACAGAAAAUAGCUUAAAGCAAGAUAUGAAAAUUUUGACGUGUUGCAAAGUAGGGUCGAACGGGCAGUGUAUCCCGAAUGAGGAACCAUGCCAGAACAGAAACUUACAUCCAUUUUUUGAUGAAUUUCAUCCAUCUGAGGUGGUCAACAAAGUGUUAGCAAAUAUGGCUUAUAAUGCUCCCGUUCCAGCCUUUGCACACCCAAUGGAUAUUAGUCAUCUUGUUAAGUUAUAACAAGAUGAAUCUCUCUUGUCCAUAUUUAUUUGAUGAAGUAUUCAAUGCAAGAAAACUCUAAUAAUCAAUAUAUUAGAGAUAACUUAGAUUGCAAUAUUCUACCGUUUUCAUUGGAAAUAUUGUGGUGAUCUACCCCUUCCUUUUCUAUGUAUACAUAGCGAUGAUUGUUCAAGUAUUGUGAAAGGUCCCUGGAUACCAAAUGAUUUAAGGUUUUGGUGAAAAUAUAGUGUUCAAAUCAUUUGUAUGGUUGAUCUUACUGCAAUUAUAUGGAAAAUAGAAUAAGGUU